GUCGUUCCUUCUGAUGAAGUAGACGAAUCCAUGACUAUAGAAUCGCUCGGGGAAAAGGAAUGUAUAGUCAAGUAUUUUGAAGAUGAUGCAUAUGGAACCGCCCCUCACAGAGAUAUGAGGAUUUUUGACCCAAACAAAGAACCAUUUAUUACAUAUGGAAAAGAGUAUGGAGCACAGUUCAUAAAUCAUCCUGCGGUAAUAAGAGCACUAGAAUGUCUCCGAAACGGAGAACCACCAGCCGAAUUUAAAUGGGAUUAUUGGAUGCGUCCAGCUGGAUCUCGACGAACAUCUCAAAGCAACUCACCCAACAUUCCUUUACACCGAAUAUCGCUUUAUCCUAAAAAUGUAGAUCCAAUACAAGAAAUGGACAAUGAUACUAAUGAUACUGAAAAACAAUUUCGCUUGUAUGCAUAUCACAUUAACAAUAAGGACAAUUCAGAGAAUACAAGUCACGAUAACACGCAUCAUAAUCCCACAACAGAAUCAACAUUUGAUCACGAUGAUAAUGAAGAGAGUAAGCUGCAGUUGCAUCAACCAGAGAAAGAUACUGAUAAUAAUGAAAAUUUGACGAAAAUAGAGCCAACAGACCAAGAACCUCAAAUUCCCACUCCGUCUGUUCCAAAGAAACCCAAGGCACAGGACCAAGGGUGUCAGACGGAUGCAAUUAUUCUCCCCCAAUUUUUUACAUCACAUCAACCUCAUCAACAAACAGACACUACAAAGCGAACAUACUUCAAAGAUCUGCGAGGGCGUCGUAUGCUUACUCGUUCGCAAACACGAGGAGUGCCAGGUGCAGUUAGUACUAGCCGUUACGUUACUGUAGCACAAAUAACCAGAGACAACAUAAUAGGACAUACAAAUCCAGCAAGGGCAAACAUAACGAAUCACUCGUCAGAUUCAUUACAAGGCACGACCAACAUGGACAUUUCAAAGGAUGGCACGGGUGAAGAUUUAACGACACCACCUGUGCGCAAAGAGAGACGCGGUCGCAAGCCAUGGAAGAAGAAGGCGUUAGCAGAGGCGUCUGGCAACAUAAAUACGACAGAACAAUCAGGAAUACAUCAAAAUGAAGUCUCUUCAACAUCUACUGCCCCGAUACAAUCUGAAGUUGUGUACGUAGUUCCAAAGAAGCGCGGCCCUGGAAGACCGAGAAAGAAGCCAAUACCUGAACCGGUCAUCGUUGAACAGAGGAUACCAGUUUCAGAAACCAAUGAACAUGAAGAGGUUUCGGCUUCCUCGGACACUGGCACAACCAUUAUGCGACGGUCGCCCAAACGGCGCCGCGAAACGAGUGUAUCUAGUAAAUCCGAUAAUAAUGACGAUAUUCCUGGAUGUAGAAGGAGAACCAUAAAGAAAAAACAAGCAGUCAAGGUGCCAUGGUAUAGACGACGUCGUUUGCUUCCGAUAGAAGCUUUACCGGCAGACGAUCAAAGGACAUUAGCCAUGUUUGACUUUAUUAAAUCUGAUGUUAGCGCCGAAGAAUUGGAGGGACUAUAUCAAAAAGCAUAUAAAUAUAUGAAAGAUUUGAAAAUUGAGUACAGAAGCUUAAAAGCACAAGAGAGGAAACUAACCAAGCAGAUCAAUGCUCGAAUCAGAGAAAAUUCAAUAUCGAUGAGAAGGGUCAGCCCCGGUCCAGUCUCACCUUUGACCCACAGCCCUUGA